GAGGCCUGAAAGAGAACGAAGCGCCGGACGCACAGACUCGGGAAUAGCCGCAGCCAUGGCCACAGUGGAGGAACUAUACCGGAGCUAUGGGAUACUGGCAGACGCCAAGGACGACGUGGGGCAGCACAAAAGUGCCUAUCAGGUCAUCAUCGAUGGAGUAAAGGGAGGAGCCAAGGAAAAGCGAUUGGCCGCCCAGUUUAUCCCUAAAUUCUUCAAGCAUUUCCCAGACUUGUCUGAUUCAGCUCUCAAUGCCCAGCUGGACCUGUGUGAAGAUGAGGAUGUUUCUAUCCGUCGCCAGGCAAUAAAAGAACUGUCACAGUUUGCCACCGGAGAGAAUCUUCCCCGCGUAGCCGAUAUUCUAACGCAGCUUCUGCAGUCAGAUGACUCUGCCGAAUUCAACUUGGUGAACAACGCUCUGCUGAGCAUUUUUAAGAUGGACGCUAAAGGGACCUUGGGAGGCCUGUUUAGCCAAAUUCUCCAAGGAGAAGAUAUCGUGCGGGAGAGGGCAAUCAAAUUCCUGGCCACCAAGAUGAAAACACUUCCAGAGGAAACCCUGACGAAAGAAGUGGACGAUUACAUAUUCUCCGAGUCUAAAAAGGUUCUGUAUGACGUCACCGGAGAAGAGUUUGUUUUGUUCAUGAAGAUCCUGUCGGCGCUGAAGAACCUGCAGACAGUCAGUGGCAGACAGCAGCUGGUGGAUUUGGUUUCAGAACAGGCGGGGCUUCAUCAGACGCUAAACCCCGCAGAUCCCGACUCCGUAGAUCGACUGCUCCAGUGCAUGCGGCAGGCUGUGCCUUUGUUUUCCAAGAAUGUCCAUUCCACCAAAUUUGUGACCUAUUUCUGUGAGCAAGUGCUUCCCAUCCUGAGCACUCUCACCAGCCCAGCUGAAAGCAUUGAUGUCCAGCUAGAGGUGUUAAAAUUGCUGGCUGAAAUGAGCUCCUUCUGUGGCGACAUGGACAAACUUGAAUCCAAUCUGAACAAACUGUUCGACAAGUUACUGGAAUUCAUGCCGCUUCCCCCUGAAGAGGUUGAGAAUGGCGACACUGCUGCUAAUGAAGAGCCCAAACUUCAGUUCAGCUACGUCGAAUGUUUACUGUUCAGUUUCCACCAGCUCGGGAGAAAGUUGCCGGAUUUCCUCAUCGUUAAAGUCGACGCCGAGAAGUUAAAAGACUUCAAAAUCAGGUUACAGUACUUUGCUCGGGGUCUCCAAGUCUAUAUUCGUCAGCUCCGCCUGGCCCUUCAGGGAAAAUCCGGGGAUGCUCUGAAAACAGAAGAGAACAAAAUUAAAGUCGUUGCUCUGAAAAUAACCAACAACAUCAACGUAUUAAUAAAGGACCUGUUCCACAAUCCUCCCUCCUACAAGAGCACAGUGACGCUGUCCUGGAAGCCGGUGCAGAGGACUCCCGAUUCAGGGCAAAAGAGAACGAGCGACGAGACUUCAUCUACUUCCCCGCCCAAAAAGCCAAUAGUAGGACCAAAAAGAGACUCCAGGCAGAUCUACAACCCUCCCAGCGGCAAAUACAGUGCCAGUGUGGGAGCUUUCUCCUAUGAGCAGCGCGGAGGAUUCCAGGGGGGCAGAGGCCGGGGAUGGGGCGGGCGCGGUAACCGCAGCAGAGGAAGAAUUUACUGAAAACCUACAGAUUUGCCCCUGACUAGAGGCUGGACUUUUUCAUGACCUCCCUCCCCUUACAGUUGCCUUUGGCUACAGAAUUAACAACAGAAAAUCAUUCUUUCUACCUUUGUAUGUAGCUGCCGUUUUCUAUCAAUUCAGCGUUUUAUUGUUUACUUUAUUUUUUGUAUAAUGUGUAUCGGUUUGAUUGCGGAGACCUGUUGUAUAACACGAUGAGCAGGAACAACAGAGGGGCCUCUCAUAACCAGUCCAUUAUCAGUAACUGCCCUGUUUCACGGCUUUGUUUUCCAUUACAGCCCUCCGUGAUUCCUCUCUGCCUUCCAAAACCAUCUCAAAGGUCAUUGUGAAUGGCAGUUGGGAUUCUGCUCUGCCAGCCCUUGUCCUUGUCCCCCCCAGACCCUUCAGACAACAGAAUUUCAAGGAUUUUUAUUGUAUUUUCUAGGUUACAGUUUGUUUAUAAUUAUUUAUCUAAGGGUUAGCAGUGAGUGUAAAUUAAUUCGGGUAUAUGUGGAACAAGUGCAUUUUUUUUUUUUAACCACAAAGGACCAUGAUCCCAUGGGGCAAACUUUUUUUUUUGGGGUGGAUUUCAUCUAAAUGUACAUUCAGCAAGAUUUAAUCGUUCUCUGAUAGCAAUCGGUCUCGUUUUGUUUUUUUUCCCUCCACUUCUGUUCAGCAUGAGCCAAAUAAAUAGGGUUUGUACUUUAAA